AUGUCAGAGGACACAGGGUCUUCGACAGAGGCCACAUCAGUAAGUAAUGGAAGUGGCUUGUCAAUGAUUCACAUGCGAGGUGGUUUAUUCGGAAAGUCCGCUGCCACUUUAAAUGAUGAAACGACCAAGAAUUUGAGUACUUCUAUUGUAUCGGAGAAAAGCUCGUCUGAGUCUACAGACAAUAAACUAUGUAAUGAUGAAAAACGUGAUGAAACCAGUAACGAGAAAGCUGAUGAGUCCCAGUCUAAACUAGACGAUUCUGUGAAAAUAGCUAAUGAAGAUAAUAAGUCGACAGAAUCACAUUCCGAAGAGAAAGAAAACGCUAAAUCUGAUAGUGUUGAUGAUCAGCAAGCGAAUACUUCUUCAGCUGAUAAUGAUAACAAUACAGCUGAUCUCGAUGAAUCUAUGUCAGCUAAAGAUAAUUGCGUAGAGGCAGAAACUAAUGCUGAAGACUCGCUCCUCAUUAAUGCACCAGAAGAAAGUCAUUCUGAAAACGAUACUGAGUCGCAGGAAGAUCAGUCACAAUCGCAGGAUCAACAGGAAGAGCCUGACUCGACUACCCCUGAACAAGCAGAACACGAAGAAUCUUCUAAAGCCGACGAAACACAAGAUUCCAGGGAUGAAGAUCUAAGUGAUCAUGAAGAAGAAUCUCCAAAAGCAGUAGUUAAAUCACCCGGUCGCAGCAGGGGAAGACCACCAAAAUGCAAAGAAGUUAAGAAAGCAGAAGUUGAAGUAGAAGAGCCAAGUACUCCAAGAACACUACGAGCUAGAAAUACCGAGCCCGUAACUCCCAAAGUUGUAAAAACUCCAAAUGUCAAGUCUGAAAGCACAGGAAAGAGGGGAAGACCUCCAAAAAGGAUUCAAGUAGUGUCUAGCCCAAUGAGUACUAAUGCUCGUAGGGGUAGGAAGAAGAAAGAGGAGACUGAAGAAGUUUCUGAAAAGUCUGAUGAGGAGGAGGAUGAAGAGCAAGAAGCUGAUGUUUCGGCUACAACGGAAAUUGAAGCGGAGACUGAACCUGAACCUGAUACUGAAACAGAGAAUGAAGCUGAAACUGAUGCAGACGCUACAGAAACUGUUGAUUCAGACGAUGAAGUUGAGAAGCCAAAGAAAACUCGUCGAGGUUCUUCGAAACAAACCGUUACUCCGAAAACCCCACCCAGGUCUGCGGGACGUCCAAAACGCAAUGCUGCUGCGUCUGCAACUGCUCCCAAGGUCGAAAGCCCUGCGAAAGCACCCAGCAGAAGACCAUCCCGCCGUGUUUCAACGCUGCCAGAAUCGACUGCUACUCCGAAAAAAAAAGUUGAAGUCAAAGUUCCUGCCAGUGCUCCUCCUGCUAGAAAGGCUAGUAAGCUUAAUCAGAAAGACCCCUACGAUUUCUCUCCAGAACAGGAAACUCCGCCAGUUUUCUUCAAAAACAUUGAGAUGAAGUUACAAUCUUUCGGUGAUGUCACUUACAGUCGUGUAGGUACUGGAAAGUAUGAAAACACUGAAAAAGCUGCAGAAGCUAGAGUUUCCAAUUUGGUUGAUUUGGUCCCAGCUCAGAAGUCGAAAAAAACACUCGCGGAAUUGACACCGAGGAGUGCCAAGGGAAAGAAAGAAGAAAAGACUACUCCAGCAGCUAAAGCCGAAUCUGAGUCUCCAAAACAAGCAAAAACACCGAAAGCAACUCCCGGACGGAAGCGAAAACAGGGUGAUUCGCUCGUUACCAGCUCUCCGAAGAAAGCAGCAGUUUUGACUCCAGUACUAGAUGAUCGCGAACAGUGGGUAGUUGAUCAUCCUGAUGAUGAACAUCUCCCAUAUGAAGCUGGUGCACGUGUUUACGCAGUAUUCAACAAAGUUCUCUAUCCAGCAAUUGUUCUUAACUCUGGCAAAGAUAGUCUUGGUCGCUACAAAGUUCAGUACGUCUCUGAUAAGGUAGUGAAAGAUGUGCCUAACGAGGGAAUUAUUCCUUUAAGAGCUGUAGUAGCGGAUAAGCAGUGUGUCGCCCAAGUUGGAUCAGAUUGGAUGGAGAUGCAAAUCGUACAAGCUCCAAAAGUUGAUGAUGUUGACGAAUGGAAGAAAGCUGUUUUCACGUUGACACCGGUGGACGAAGAAGACAAGGCCGAAGUUACUACUGACAAGUAUAGCUGGACUUCUAUCAACCUUGAUAGCUCAGAUUGGAGGGACUACAUUGCCAAAAAAUCUCGAGAAGUCACUGAAGUCUUAGUCGAUAAUAUCUCUGCCGGAGACAACAGAACCUCCAGACGGUCUCGUGGAGCUGAAAAGGUUAAUUCAUAUACGCCUGCCAAGCCCGUUACUGGGAAAAAGAGUAAAGUUAGAGAAGAAGAAGUAAUGGAAGUUGACGACGCUUACGAUGAUCCUCCACGUGAAAAAUUCGAACCAAUAUUCAGUGGAAAGAUCUUCAUUCUGACAUCAGCUCAAAGAGGUUCUGAUGCCACAGGGUUCAAGAAGAAGCUCAUGAGUGAAUUCAUUGAACAAUGUCAUGGAGUGGUUGUCGAAGAUUUCAUGGCCGUAGAGGACCAGAGAGAGCUUGAACCAUUCCUGAUCUCUGACACCUGCUAUCGUACUCAUAAAUACUUGUCGGCUUUAGCCCGUGGAAUUCCAUGUGUGUCCCAUGAAUGGAUUGAAAAGUGUAGAGAAGCGAAAACCCUCGUGGAUUACGCUUCAUACCUUUUGCCGGCUGGAAAAUCCAUACUGGAUGAUCAAAUGUAUCCUUUACCGAAAAAUCAAAGAACUUUGUUGAAAGACAAAGUUGUUCUUGUACAUUCAACUAACCGUCCUGCAACACCCCGAAGUCUCAACUUUUACCAAAUUUGGCAACCAAUGGUGAGCUGGUUGGGUGGAACUCCUCUGAACGAAAUACCAGAGAACAUCGGAAUCAUAGAUUUCAUAUUAGCUGAUAACUCAGCUUCCCCAGAGUUAAUAGAGUUAGCCGUUGAAAAGGGAAUAUCCAUUGCUUCAUCAGAAUGGGUCAUUCAGGCUAUAAUUAUGGAUAAGCUACCUAGUUUGGACUCUCAUCCUCGUUUCCGAUAUGAUGUCAGCGCGUCUAACCAUUCUUAA